UUGUACAACCUUUGGACGUAAGUAUCAACAAACCAUUUAAGGAUCGGCUUCGUGAAAAAUGGAAUAUGCGAAUGAAUGUCGGGGAAUAUAAAUUUACUAAGAAAGGAAAUAUGAAAAAACCAGAGUAUGAUAUAAUGUAUAAUUCAGAAAACCAUUUAAUUGAAUUGGAUCAAAUUGAAGAAGAAGAAGACUGCGUUAUUGAUCUAGUAGAUGAAAACAAGAAAAAUAAAGAAAAUAUUGCAACAUCUAGUGUACCUUACAUAAAUGCUGAAAGAAGUUAUUUAAUCGAAGAAAAUGAAACUGAGAUGAUAAGUGUUCUAUUGUGCUAG